AUGGUUAACGUUGUAUUAGGUUCCCAAUGGGGUGAUGAAGGUAAAGGUAAGCUAGUUGACAUCCUAGUGAGUCACUACGAUGUCGUUGCUCGUUGUGCCGGUGGUAACAAUGCCGGUCACACUAUUGUGGUCGAUGGUGUUAAGUAUGACUUCCACAUGCUACCAUCAGGCUUGGUCAAUCCUAAUUGUAAGAACUUGCUAGGUAACGGUGUUGUGAUCCACAUUCCAUCAUUCUUCAAAGAAUUAGAAACUUUGGAAUCCAAGGGGUUGAACGACGCUAGAGGCCGUCUGUUCAUCUCAUCUAGAGCACACCUAGUGUUUGAUUUCCAUCAACGCACCGAUAAGCUAAGAGAAUUGGAACUGGCCGGUAGAUCCAAGGACGGUAAGAACAUUGGUACGACCGGUAAAGGUAUCGGUCCAACUUACUCCACAAAGGCAUCCAGAUCUGGUCUAAGAGUACACCAUUUGGUGAACGAUAACCCAGGUGCUUGGGAGUUGUUCGAAAGCAGAUACAGAAGACUUUUAGAAACCAGAAAGCAACGUUACGGUGACUUCGAUUACGAUGCUGAAGAAGAAUUAAACCGUUUCAAGCAAUAUAAGGAAUCCCUAAAACCUUUCGUUGUCGACUCUGUUGACUUCCUUCAUAAAUCAAUUGCUAACAAUGAGAAGAUAUUGGUUGAAGGUGCUAAUGCCCUAAUGCUAGAUAUUGAUUUCGGUACUUACCCAUACGUUACCUCCUCUAACACCGGUAUCGGUGGUGUUAUCACCGGUCUAGGUAUCCCUCCUCAAAAGAUUCAGGAAGUAUACGGUGUUGUUAAGGCAUACACCACAAGAGUUGGUGAGGGUCCAUUCCCAACCGAACAAUUGAACGAACAAGGUGAGAAGCUUCAGUCUAUUGGUGCUGAGUUUGGUGUUACUACAGGUCGUAAGCGUCGUUGUGGUUGGUUGGAUCUUGUCCUAUUGAAAUACUCCACUUUGAUUAACGGCUACACUAGUCUAAAUAUUACCAAACUUGAUGUCUUGGACACCUUCACGGAAAUCCCAGUCGGUGUUUCUUAUAAGUACAAAGGUGAGACUCUAAACUCUUUCCCAGAAGACCUGCUCACAUUGGGUAACGUCGAGGUGGAAUAUGUAACACUACCAGGUUGGAACCAAGAUAUUACUCAAAUCAAGAAGUAUGAUGACUUACCGGAAAAUGCUAAGAAAUACCUAAAGUUUAUUGAAGAUUUUGUCAAAGUACCAGUUCAAUGGGUUGGUACCGGCCCAGCCAGAGAUAGCAUGCUUGAAAAGCAAAUUUAA